AAGCGCUACAUAUCCGCGCAUGCGCAGUGAGGCUGCGGCAAGGAUCCUAAUGAAGAAGCAGGCAGCUCCCGUGAGCGGAGGGGGCACUGAGCGGCUCACCAAGCCCAGCUGCCUUAUGGUGGGCAGCGCUGUAGCGGGAGGUGUCUCGGCUCAGUCUUUCCUACACUCGUUCACUCUCGCCAGUUCAGCUUUCAAUCUACAGGUGGCAACUCCAGGGGGAAAGGCUCUGGACUUUGUGGGAAUCGGUGAAACAGACUCAAGGUGGUUCCAGGAUUUUCAGCUCAAGCCAUAUGCCAAUCCUGCCAGAUUAGAAUCAAUAGAUGGGUCCCGGUAUCAUGCAUUGCUUAUCCCACAUUGUCCUGGAGCUUUGACUGAUUUAGCAAACAGCGGCUACCUAGCGAGGAUCCUGCAGCAUUUCACAGCAGAAAAGAAGCCCAUCUGUGCCAUUGGACAUGGAGUGACGGCUUUAUGCUGUGCAACUAAUGAGGAUAAGUCCUGGAUAUUUCAGAAUUACAGUCUUACUGGGCCAUCUGUUUAUGAACUAGUGCGUCGGCCAGAAUAUGCUAGUUUGCCAUUAAUUUUAGAAGACUAUGCAAAGGAUUCUGGGGCAACGUUCAGUGCCAGUGAACCAGAUGCUGUCCAUGUUGUCCUUGACAGACAUCUUAUCACAGGACAGAAUGAUAACUCCACAAUGCCUGCAGUUCAGAAUCUGAUCCUACUCUGCAAUGGAAGGAAAUAAAGCCAGUAAAGGUGGGAGAGAUCUUGCAGAGCUGCAUGCAAACCAUUCACAGAAAACUGAUUACAAGCAAAGAAGUGAUGUGUAAUUAGAGAGAAAAAAUAUUUAUUUCUAUUGUCCAUUCCAGUAUGCCAUCUUCUCCCUUCUUAAUGGCUGCCCAACACUUCUCUCACUGUUGUAAGCAUUAUGCGCCAUGUCUUCUAAAGAGCAGUUAUGAGCUGGGAAGGUGAUGUUUUAUAUUUGCACCAUCUUUUUUGCCGUAAGAUGAGCCUACUUAUACCUAGUGUGUCAGGAAUAGCAAAUUAUCAACUGUUUAGCUGUUCAGAACUACAACUCCCAGGCAGCAAUAGCAAGUUUAGUUUACAACAGCUGCAAGGCUACAGGUUUGACAUUCCUGAGCACUUACAUUUCAAAAUGGACUCUUCUGAAGGCUUCUACUUCUCUGUAGCUGCCUGAGUGAGUGGGUAGUGUGUCACGUGUCCACAAAUUUUAAUGUAUUCUUGUUUUGUAAUUGUAAAAACCAUGAGGUUUAUAAAACAGUCUGAGUAGCCU